CUCCAUUGUUUGCAAUGACAAGCUUUCAUACGCCUCCGAACUGGACGUACUCGAUGCGCCGCACAAUGCAGGAGGUGCAACCGGGCAUCUACCUGGGUCCCUUCGGCUGCGUCAAGGGCCCUGACAGCCCCGCCUUGCUCGAGAGUGCCAACAUUACACACCUCGUCUCGGUGGGAACGAGCAUGGAGACGUACUGGCUUCGAACUCAAUUCGCUGGCCUGAAGCCAAUCCUGAAUGUCAUCGAGUGCAAUCCCGUCGGCUCGUCCAGAGAGCAACUCGCAGCACUCGCCUACGCCGCGGCCAACGAAGGCAGACAGACACGAUUUGUGCCCGAGGAAGGCGACCAGGAUAAACCAAACUGGCUCGUAACCUGGUUGCCGAGCUUUGUGCAAUUUGUCAACAGGGCCAUCAAUAGCGGGGGCAACGUGCUCGUGUUCUGCUCGACUGGCAUUUCCUCCAGCCCUGCUCUGCUCGUCGCCUACCUGAUGGCGCGCGACAUGAUCACGUACCGUGAUGCCUUGGAACAACUAGCCGCCCGGAGAUUUUGCAUCACGAUAUCCCCAGAACUCGAGUACAAGCUUCGACUUCUGGAGUACUUGUUAGACACCCGACAAUUGUCGUUCGAGCAGAUGGAUGGUCCAGCACAGAAUCGAGCACGCCGAACCAUUGGGACAGAGGCGGAAGAGGAGAUGCAAGACGCUGAACGCUACGCCGCUCGAGCGCGCAUCGAGGGUUCCGAUGAGGUGUUCAUGGAGCAUGGCAUGAAUGGGAUGUAUGCUGCUGCUAAUUACAUGUAAAAUUUAUGGGACAACGAACAGCCCUGUCAACCUAGC